UGCUCCAGCGACGAUUCUGACAUCGAUUGGUCGAGUCUCGCUGAUGGUGGAUUGUUGUCAUUUUUCUGGUGCUAGCUUCUAGCUAACCGUUUGUUGGAUGCUUUUCUCCAACCGACGUUGAUUUAUCAGGAUGUUAAGAUGGAGUGUGGUCCAGUUCUGCCGGACAGCUUGGUUUUGGAGAUCUUCCUGCGUCUGCCCCAUGAUGCUGUGCUGAGAGCGGGUCUGACCUGCAGACAGUGGCUGGCCGUCUCCAGAGAUGAGUUCCUGUGGAGGGAGCUGUUCUACAGCUACUACCGGAUUCCACGCUCCGUACCUCGACACCCUUCGGCGUUGUCGUGGUACCGGGAGUUCAGGCGUCUGUUUGACUGUAUCCCCUGUGUGGAGGUUCAGACGCUGAGAGAGCACACUGAUCAAGUUCUCCACCUGGCUUUCUCUCACAGGGGCCACCGCUUCUCCUCCUGCUCCAAAGACUGCACAGUCAAGCUGUGGGACACAGAGCGGCCGGAUGGAAAUAUCUCAUUGGUGCACAGCUCCAGUAUGAGACCAUUAAACUGGGGCUACACCCAGUUUUCCCAGUUCAACCCUGAUGAUAGUCUGCUGCUUGUGUCGGGGGUCUACCUGGGCCCACACCAUUCGUCAUCUGGGGAAAUUGCUGUCAUUAGUAUGGAAAAUUACACGCUGCUGUCGCGGGUUCGAAACAAACCGUACGAUGUGUUUGGCUGCUGGCUGAACGAGACCCACCUGAUCUCUGGGAACCUGCACUGGAUCGGUAACAUGACGUCCUGCUCAGUGCUCUGGCUCAACAAAGCCUUCCAGGAUAUUGAGUCGGAGAACGUCAACGUGGUGAAACGUCUUUUCAAGAUCCAGAAUAUCAAUGCCAGCACCAUUCGAACCGUAAUGGUGGCCCACUGUCGUCGUCAUGACAACCCAGACUUACUGCUGGACUAUGAGGCUCAGUCUCAGGCGAGGAGGGAGAAGGGAGAACAGCAGCAUCAGCACCAGCCUCUUUUCUUUGACCUGGGAAUGUCUGGCAGUGAGGAAGAGGAGGAUGAUGAGGGAGAGGAAAAGUGUCACAGGGAAACAAACAGCCAAAGCUUUUCCUCCACGCACCUCCCCCAGCCCACCAUCUCAGGCCUGGAGCAAGUUCUUCAUAGUCGUAGAAACGUGGGGGCGAGGGAGCUGCAGAUUGAGACCCAUGUUGCUCAGAUGAUUGGCAGAGCCUACACAAAGGCCCCCGACUCCAGCCUCAUCGAGGCUUCUGAGUCGGAGCAGGGAGAAGACCAAACGUAUUUACUCUUCACCACCGGCAGCCUUACAUACUCCCCUCACCAGAUCGGCAUUAAGAGAAUAAAGCCCGACCAGAUGACCACUUCUGGUCCUGUGCUGGGAGAAGAGCGAAGCUCAGAUGAGUUUUUUGACUCACUGGACCAUGUUAUCGACAUCCACGGCCACAUCAUCGGCAUGGGCCUUUCUCCAGACCACAGGUAUCUGUACGUGAACAGCCGGGCUUGGCCAGCAGGAUGCGUGAUCUCUGACCCCAUGUUUCCGCCCCCCAUCGCCGAGGAGAUCGACAUGCAUGUCAUCGAUCUGAAGAACUUACGAGAGGAGAGGAGAAGUCUGCGUGCGCAUCGGGCCUUCACGCCCAACGACGAGUGCUUCUUCAUCUUCCUCGAUGUCAGCAGAGACUUUGUUGCAAGCGGAGCAGAGGACAAGCACGGAUACAUCUGGGACCGCCACUACAACAUCUGCCUGGCACGUCUGGCUCACGACGACGUCGUGAACUCGGUGGCCUUCAGCCCCGCUGACCAGGAGCUGCUCCUGUCCGCCAGUGACGACUCCACCAUCAAGGUGUGGCGUUCGCCUCGUAUGGUCCGGCUCGCACAAGCCUCGGCCCGACAGCUGAAGCCCCGCAGCCUGCUGACGUCCUGGCUGAUGCGAAGCAGGAACUCUGCGUUGGCGGGUGGCGUGAACGGAAAGCUGUGAGGCUGGAAAACAGGUUCAUGUGGGAGAGAGCACAGCAAGGAGAAUUUGACCUUCUUCCUCUGUGGUAUGAACACACUCCACGUUUAUGUAAAGCGUGUGUGUGCUUUUACUUGGUGUGGUGACCUGAAGCAGAUAUCAGGCAUCUUCAGCUGCCAGAGGUGGCUCAGACACUAGGGGGCGAUGUUGUCACAGCACACAGAAGAAACACCAACUUCUGCUGGUCUGUUGCAGAAUAAAGCUGACACCUAAAUUGUAUCCAAAGGUUUUCCCAGGAGACGGAGCCGUCCCUCACAAACGACACGAUUCUGGACUCCUGGACAUGAGACGUGAUCACGUCAUUCUCAUCUGGGGUCAAGUGCAGUGACUGAACGUUACAAAGUUUUUUCUUAUCGUUAUGAAUCUCUAAAUAUUGUCUCCAGCCUAAAAUCUUUAUCAAGUGUGUUUUCAGAGAGUUAUAAAACAGUUUAAAGGGACAGAAAAGAUAAAUCUGUGUUUAACGUAGUCUUCCUUGGUUUUAUUCCUGUCAGAUUCUGGUUUUGUGUCUCAGAAAUAAUCCAUCGUUACUGUAUGUACUUCUAGAAAAUAGAUUAUAUUAAUAUACCAGGUAGGUGGAGGAGAAGCCAGCACAAAGCAUGACUCUGAAUCAUCAAAAUGCUGUGAGCGUGUCACAGAUGAAAAUUUAAUUGAAAGUGUAUUUAGGACCCUGUUUCAGUUAUUAUCGGCACAAAGCUGCACCGUUUUAAUUUGGGAGAGUCUCCUGUGACACGAGAAAAAACCUACCCACUUGAUUUGUUUCAUUCAAAUGUUUCCUUUCCCUUAAACAUAAGAGGAUUUUACAUUUAGUUUAAAAGCUUUUAAUAUUGUGCAUUUGAGUGCAUGGUGCCUGAAUAAAAAGAUCAUUUUAGCUCA